AAACGUAAUGUGUCUUUAUAUUUGUCAGUGAGCUACAGCUUCAACAGAACCAUGAAUGACAAAAUAAUUACAACUGCGUAUAGUUACAUCAACGACCAAAGUAUUUACAUUAUCAAUGAUGGAACUGAUGGUCACAGUUUUGCUGCAACAAUGGCGGAUAAUCAAACACUUAGCCAGACAAAGAGUUGGGACGGAUCGUUUUACAUCGGAGAUUUGAACCGUGUCUUUCUGAGACAUCAGCAAUGGAAAGAAGUGCUACCUCGAGUCGAGCUGUUUUAUGCGAUUAAGUGUUGUCCCUUGAUGCCAGUUAUCCGUCUUCUUGCUGCACUUGGUACCGGCUUCGACUGUGCAAGUCAGAACGAAAUAGAAUCAGUAAUCAGCAUCGGAGUAGAUCCUGCAAAAAUAAUCUACGCACUGCCAUGCAAGCCAGCGUCUCAAUUACAACAUGCACGAACAAGAAAAGUUUCAUUGAUGACGUUUGACAACGAAGAUGAGUUGCAUAAAAUACAGAAGUACUUUCCCGAUGCUCGGUUGGUAUUACGAUUACUGCCUGACGAGACUGGAGCAACUUUCAAAAUGGGAAGUAAAUUUGGAUGUACAUUAGAAGAGGGUAAAAAGUUGCUGGUACACGCUAAGAAACUUGACUUAAACGUUAUUGGCUUGAGUUUUUUUGUUGGGGACGAUUGUAAAAGUUCAAUAGGCAUGAGGCUAAAUUUGGAAAACUCCAGAAAGAUGUUUGACUUUGCUUCCUCAAUCGGUAUCAACAUGGAUUUAAUUGAUAUCGGUGGGGGAUUUCCCGGAAAUGAUAAAGAUCAGAAAUUGUUUUUACAGAUUGCAAAUGACACACGCGACACAUUGGAUAAGUUGUUUCCGUCAGAAUGUGGGGUCCGAAUCAUUGCUGAACCAGGAAGAUACUUUGUUGAGUCUUCAUUCUCUAUCGCAACUAGCAUUGUUGGCAAGAAACAAAGCGAAGAUAUUAUCUUUUACUAUACAAAUGAAAGUAUCUACCUAGCUUUUUGGAAAACAUUUUUGAAGGCGGGAAAGUAUACACCGAUAGUACUGAAGACGAAGAGAUUCAGUGAUAAAGCGGUUCACGAUACGAUAAUAUACGGGACAACAUGUGAUGGAACGGAUAUUAUUGCUCAAAAUGUUGCUUUACCGGAACUUGAUCUAGAAGAUUGGUUGAUUUGGGAUGACAUGGGUGCUUAUACUGUUUUGUGCAAAUUUGGUUUUAACGGAGUCAUGACAACUAAAGCAUUUUACUUCGUACAAGAGGGUGCCUGGAAAACCAUACAGGGUGCUUGUUGCCGCAAAGAUUUUCUUCCCAAACUAGAAAAGAGUUUUGGUCUUUGAAGCUGCGUUAUUGGAACUUGUAUUUCGUGUUGCAAAUUUAUUUAUCCGUUGCAUUAUAGGUUAUAUUGCCUAAUAUAAAUACCUAUAGGCACCGGUGUCGUGAUAUGUUCGUUCCGAUUGGUAUAUUUGUACCAGGCGUUGGCUAUGUCUGGUUUGUUUAUGAUCAGCGUUAACCGUUAUAUUAAAAGGGUUAAAUGAUAGUA